GCUCUGAAGUGGCAGCAGCAUCAGGGCCUCCUGCCGCCCGGUGUGACCAUCGACUUGUUCAGAGGUAAAGCUGCUGUCAAAGACGUGGAGGAGGAGCGCUUCCCCACCCAGCUGAGCAGACACAUCAAGUUUGGACAGAAGUCUCAUGUGGAGUGUUCCCGCUUCUCCCCUGACGGACAGUACCUGGUCACCGGGUCCGUGGACGGCUUCAUCGAGGUUUGGAACUUCACAACAGGAAAAAUCAGAAAGGAUCUAAAGUAUCAGGCUCAGGAUAACUUCAUGAUGAUGGACGACGCCGUGUUGUGUAUGUGCUUCAGUCGGGACACAGAAAUGUUAGCCACUGGAGCCCAGGAUGGAAAGAUCAAGAAUCCACGGGCUGAAGUCGGGGAAGUCUCUGAAGGAGUUCCGCGGWCACACCUCCUUCGUGAACGAGGCCACGUUCACGCCGGACGGCCAUCACAUCGUCAGCGCGUCUUCUGACGGGACGGUCAAAGUGUGGAACGUGAAGACCACGGAGUGCACCAGCACCUUCAAACCUCUGGGCACGUCGGCCGGCACGGACCUCACCGUCAACAACGUCCUGCUGCUGCCGAAAAACCCGGAGCACUUCGUGGUGUGUAACCGCUCCAACACGGUGGUCAUCAUGAACAUGCAGGGACAGAUCGUGAGGAGCUUCAGCUCUGGUAAGAGGGAGGGCGGUGACUUUGUGUGCUGCACCCUGUCACCUCGAGGCGAGUGGAUCUACUGCGUGGGUGAAGACUUCGUGCUCUACUGCUUCAGCACCGUCACCGGCAAACUGGAGAGAACGCUGACGGUCCAUGAGAAGGAUGUGAUCGGCAUCGCCCACCACCCCCACCAGAACCUCAUCGCCACGUACAGCGAGGACGGCCUGCUGAAGCUCUGGAAACCUUGAACCUUCUGUGGACGUCUCAUUGUGGACAGUUCUGUUCUGGUUUUUUGUUUUUGUUUUUGAUUUCCUGUCCUGGUGAAUCCUUCCCAGGUCCAAGGACUGGCCCGUUGUACAGGAGCAUCAUCACUUUUACACAAACAGUUUGAAAAUGAUCGUUAAUAAAAAUAAAAAAAGGUGAAGUGUACAGUUUUUUUAAGUGUUUUUGUGUUUUUUUUUUUUUUUUAAUUUUUACAGUUUUUGGCGUUUUAGGCUGUUAUCUUGUUUAGCUCCGCCCCCAACACUCACACAACAAUCAGUUGUUUUUCUUUCGGCUGCUUGGUUCAAGUGAACUCCAAUGAAAUAUCUGGUGGUUUUGUCCUUCCUGAACACCUGAGCUCAGACCUGUAGCCUCAGGAUGACGAGGCCGCAGCAGCUACUCUGUAAAAACUUAGUUUUUUAAUUUGUCAGAAAUAUUUUUAAAAACCACACCUCGAUCUGUGAAUUUUUGUUUAAUCAACAUGUAGAAUAUGUCCUAAUAAAGCUUUCUGGCUUUAUGAUGA